GUCACCCUGCUCUUCCCUCGCACACCGUGCCAGGCAUCGCAGCUGCGGCAUGGCUUGGUCGAUCGCACCAGCUCUUGUAGUGAAAGACUCACUGUUCAUGGUGCACGUCAGAAGCGCAUGGUGGAACACUGUCUCGCCCAGUUUCCUGGCGCACAUUUGACCAGUCCGUUGGUUUCUACAGAGGCAGUUGUUCGCGGGCGGGGCCUGGACGGGGUGGAACAAUGAUGGUCGUCUCCGGUGGCGGUGGUUCUGGUUCGAUGUCAUUUGCAGACAGGGCGGAAAUGCUGCAUUAUGUGAUCUCUGUGCAAUAAAGGUUGACCCGGGCAAUCAUUGGAGACUGCUGUGGACGUUCGGGUCGCUGUUUCGGAGGUCAUUGGUCCAGAGGGAUAUUGUGUUUGUAAAGUUCUCUCUGCAAUUUUGGCUUUUCGAGAAUGGAAUUGCGGCUACAAUCGACACAUCUGCUGAUGCGCUGACGUCCCGAAUAGGUGGUUGGCCAUAUUCUAAUCAGCCCUGGGAUGGAGCUGAUUUAAGUUGGUGUCCUUCGCUCCUAUUGGCGUACUUGUCUUAGCAAUCAAUAAUUUGCAUCUCUUCGAAGACUGAUUAGGGGACUCUGUUGCGUAUCAAUGUUUCCUCUGUGAGAUCGAUUCGAGUUGUGCGACAGUGUUGCAGAAUGCAGGCCUCCCUGUGAGAUAUUUAUUAGUGCCGAAUAAUUUUUGUCGGAUUUGACGAUUAAUCAUCUGGAAGCGAAGGAAGCUUUCAUAGAGAGCACAAAGGAUAGGAAGAAUAUCAAGAGCACGACAUUCUUGUGAGGUGUUUUGAUGCUCAGAAGCUAGAGAUGAUUCCAGGUUGUACACGAGCGCAGGCACAAUAACAUUGGGAUGAAGGUUCCCGGCGCGUGUUGAUCAACGUGGAGAUAGGUAUGGCACCAAGCGCUACAAUGUGGCGAUUGCUGCCGCCAUGGCAGAACCUGCAUAAUGGUGCGAUUGUCUCUAUUUGGCCUUGCAUGCCUGGCUUCCAUCGCUGCUCACUAGGGCUGCGCACUCCGACUUGCAUGCUCGUUGACCAACCUGCGGCUCCUGAUGUCGCGGAGUAUCGUCAGAGCCACUCGACGCAAUUGUGGCUUACGACGCUUCCUCUAGCGAUCGUAGUUACCAUUUUUCUGGUAUCAAUAGCAGCACAAGAUUUCAAUGGAGUCGACACCACCUCCCAAACGCAGCCACAGUUUCCAGCAUACCGUAGAGUCCACACUGGCAUUCCUUUCAAAACCAGAGUCUCAACGUCAUGGAGCAUAACUACUAGCAAAUUAGGACAUUUUUUUGAUGUUAAGAGGUUUCAUCCCAAGUCUCUUAGAAGUAAUCAAAGUGCAUCAACAAGGCCUGUGAAAAUUCCAGAGUAUGAAUCCACGACUGGCCAGCUAUUAGGGGUUGAAUCAGUGGGGGAGCAUCCGCAUCCAUCAGUACAGCGAGCUGCAAAGUCCUCAAGCAGAUCGAACAUAGGUCUUCUGCCUGACUUGGUUUCUUAUUCAAACGAGGGUCUUCCUCUGGCUCAAGGGCAAAGGCAGCUCAAAAAUCAGGAGCGUUUUACGAAGCCAUCAUCGACAAUUGAGCAAUUGGAGAAGUCUCAAUUUCCAAGGUUUAGAAAAGCUGUCUCGCUUCCAAACAGAACCUGUUCUGAUGCAAGCCAGUGCAUUGAUUCAAAUUGUGACAAUGAGGCGCAGGGGAGCUUUUGCAACGAACGUUUAGUACACAUAGCAAUGACCCUGGAUAUCAACUAUUUGCGUGGUUCUAUGGCGGCUAUCUACUCCAUAUUACGGCAUGCAGAGUGUUCCGGCAACAUUCGGUUCCACUUUGUGGCAACGAAUGGGAAGGAGAAGCUGGAAAAGGUGGUUGCAGAGACACUUCCAUUCUUGCAGUUCCAAACAUACCCUUUCGAUGAGUCCUUGGUGAAAUCACGCAUUUCAUAUGCUGUGAGACAUGCAUUAGAGGAACCUCUCAAUUAUGCAAGGUUUUACUUGGCGCACAUGAUUGACCCAUGUGUCAAAAGAAUUAUUUACCUCGACUCAGAUGUUCUUGUCAUAGACAGAAUUGAGGAGCUUUGGAUGAUCAACAUGGGAAAUUCCACCGUGGGCACGCCAGAGUACUGCCAUGCGAAUUUUCACUCUUAUUUCACAGAAAGGUUUUGGAGAAAUUCUUCACUUGCAUCAAUCUUCGCCAAUAAGAAACCUUGCUACUUCAAUUCAGGGGUGAUGCUAAUCAAUCUGGACAGGUGGCGGAAAGAAGCAUGCACAGCCACUCUUGAAUAUUGGAUGGAGGUGCAAAAGGAGCGGCACAUUUACGAGCUUGGCUCUCUGCCCCCGCUUUUGCUCACGUUUGCUGGAAGCAUUCAGGCUAUUGACAGCCGCUGGAACCAACAUGGCCUUGGAGGCGACAUUCUUAGAGGCGACUGUAGACCCACUCGUAAUGAACCUGCAAGCUUGCUACACUGGAGUGGAGGUGGCAAGCCAUGGCAGCGGCUAGAUAUACAUCAACCAUGUCCAGUUGACAGUAUUUGGGCGCAAUAUGAUCUCCUAGAGCCUUCUGGCUAAUAAAACCCAAAGUUGGGAUUCAGACUGAAUAGUAUGAAUUUGUGGAAAUAAUUGUUUGGUGGUUAAAGAGUUGCGCUCUAAUAUUCAGAUUUGAGCUGAAAGGUGGAAGGCUGAAUUCGUAUUUAUGAGGAGAACUGGUUCGCAACAGGCAACAUGUCUCAAAAGAAAGGGACUAAAGCAAGGAUUCGGAUCAACUCUUGUCCUGCUUCUUCAGUUAUGGGAUUAUGAUCACUCCUAUGACGUCGCUGCCGUGUUUUGGCCCUUCCAAACAGAUCGGUGUGUUGCAUUCUGCGUCCUCACGAGAAAUAAUGUUUCUUGUCUGUAUUAUGUGGGUUACUGGAUUAAUUGAGAUGUCAUGGUUCGCUUUUCUGUCACAUCCAACCUCGUAAAGGAGCAGGAUGGUGAUACCCUAUUUGGACAGUUACAGCUGCUUAUCUGUCAGAAAUUUCAUUGCUGAAGGUUGGUUCUGUUGACAAUGUUGUCAUCCGCAGUUAUUGGAACAUAGAGAAAUAUCAAGAUCAAUUUGUGCUCUUGUACAGGGCACUUUUCUGGUAUGCUCCAAGAGGCGUCACUAUUUUUAAAUUUUCAAUAUUUUCAAUUUUCCUGGUCAUAGCCCUUGAUCAUGUAACUUUACCAAGAUUAUAAAAUUGUUUGUCACUACA